GUUGAAUUCAGGCUGUUAAUCUGUUAUCUAUUGUUUGAGUGGUUCUGGUAUUUAUGGAAAGCUGGUUAAUGUAUUUUUGAAAAUAAUUGUUAGUGUUUUGUUGAUGAUUUUAAGAUUAUUUGUGAUUAAGUGGGUGGUAUUUAAGAGCUUUCUGUGCAUAUAGGUGAUUUGUAGUAUUGGGGAGUUUCCGUUCUUUCACAAUUUGUCUAAUUCCUAAAUGUGCGAAAAGAAUGUUUUACCAAAAUUUCUUAAAACGGACUUUGACACUGAGGAGGAGCCUGAACGUCGGAUAUUUAAAGGAGCGUUUGUCUCCUCUACAACUGGAGAACACCAACGGAAACAAAGAUUUCUGCUGUGAUCUACUGAGAAGAUGGAGAUGAUGGUGUUGGCAGCUCUUUUGCCUGUUUUAUUGGGCUGUGAUUGCGGUCAUGAUGUAAAUAAACCGGUUGACUGGUCUGACAUCUAUAACUCAGGACAAACAGUCAGUGGGAUUUACUCCAUCUAUCCAGCAGGUGACAUUCCUGUCUGGGUUUACUGUCAGAUGAUCUCAGAUGGGAAAGAUGAAGACAAAGGAGGAUGGACGGUGAUUCAGAGGAGAAUGGAUGGCAGUGUGAAUUUCUAUCGGCCGUGGAAUCAGUACAAGAGAGGAUUUGGGAAUGUGGAGAGUGAAUACUGGCUGGGGCUGGAGAACAUGUACCAGCUGACACGCAACAGGAAGUACAUGCUGAAAGUGGAUAUGGAGGACUUUGAAGGAAGGAAAGGUUUUGCUCUAUACUCAUUCUUCUCUGUGGAUUGUGAAUGUGCCGGAUAUCAGCUGGGAAUUUCAGGAUUCACUGAUGGAGGAGCUGGCGACUCUUUAUCUGGCCAUAAUGGAUUCAAGUUCUCCACCUUUGACAAGGACCAAGAUACUGCAGAUAAUAGCUGUGCCAAACAGUAUCUUGGGGCAUUUUGGUACUCAGCCUGUCACAAUACAAACCCCAAUGGUGUGUAUUUAUGGGGUGAAGAUCCAACCCAUUACGCCAUUGGUGUAGCUUGGUCAUCAUGGAAGAAUUACGCAGUCAGUAUGAAAUCCAUCAGCAUGAAGAUCAAACGUGUGUCUUAGAAACAUUACAGUGCUUCUGAAAGGAAGAUGUUUUUACCUCAUUUUAGGACAUUUUAAGGUUUUCAUUCCUCUUUUUUCUGCAUAAAGAAUCAUGUGAAAAUCUGUCUUUGAAUUGUUUGGCUGGUUGUGUAGUGUGUUAAAAUCUUUUAUGGAGUUACUGUUUACAUGGUUCUUCACUCUAUAAACUUUCAAU